CUUUAUCAUCUCUUUACAGAGGAAAGAAGGAAGCAAUCAAACAACAUCAACAUUGCUCUCUCUCUCUUUCACUCAUACAUUCAAUUCUCGCAUGUGAAUUGUGAAUUUCAGUUGAAUACUUGAAUCAUGUCCAACAAUCCAGGCGAAACCCCCUCCGACGAUUUCCUCGAGCAGAUUUUAGGCUAUCAGAACUACGCCGCUGGAGCCGACGCUACUUUGGUCGGAAACGAAGCUCCUUCUCCCGCCAUGAUGCUGCAGCUCGGCUCGGGCGACGCCUCCUCUCAUCUCGUUGGAGUCGGCCUCGGGGUUGGAAUCGGCAGCGGUUACACCGUUGGAGGCGGCGGCGCCGGGUUUCCGUUGGGGCUGAGCUUGGAGCAGGGGAAGGGAGGCUACAACGACGCCUCGGGUAGCGGGAAGAGGUUCCACCUUGAUGAUUUUGUUGAUUCCCGCGCAGCUGCCAUCAAAGGGGGUUUUCAUGGACAGCCGAUGAUGAACACUGUACAGGCGCCGCCCCAUCCACCUGGAAUUCGUCCGAGGGUACGUGCUAGACGAGGCCAAGCGACUGAUCCACACAGUAUUGCUGAAAGGUUGCGGAGAGAAAGAAUAGCGGAAAGAAUAAGAGCAUUGCAAGAUUUAGUUCCUAGUGUUAACAAGACUGACAGGGCAGCUAUGCUUGAUGAAAUUGUUGAUUAUGUCAAGUUCUUAAGGCUCCAAGUCAAGGUAUUGAGCAUGAGUAGAUUGGGAGGGGCCGGUGCUGUGGCACCGCUUGUGACAGACAUCCCAAUAUCAUCAGUAGAGGAAGAAUGCAGUGACGGUGGAAGAGCUCAGCCGGCUUGGGAUAAAUGGUCAAAUGAUGGCACUGAGAGGCAGGUAGCAAAGCUUAUGGAAGAAAAUGUUGGGGCUGCAAUGCAGUUUCUUCAAUCCAAGGCGCUCUGUAUCAUGCCAAUAUCUCUUGCUUCGGCUAUCUACAACACGCAACCUCCAGACACUACCUUCCUAGUGAAACCAGAAUCCGACCCCCAAUCCUAAUCCCUCAAUACCACGAACCCAAUCCGAACUUGCUAAUUUUACACUCCUCUUUAGUUGAAAUCCUAGUCAUAUCCCACAGACCAUCCUUUCCCCACCUUCUUUCCGCCUCAACGAAAGGCGCUGACAUGUCAUACCGCGCAGUGGAGACACACGCCUCAUGUCCUCGGAAUAUUCAAGUAAAGAAGGGAAAGCAAAGUCAAACCUCUCUUGAUGUUCAUCUUUUGCUAUCAAUGGUGGAAUGACCAAAGCACCUUUUCGUAGUGGGGUUGGUGGUGCAUUCACGGGCCCCCUUCAAAGGUAUGAAUGUGUAAAUUGUUUUAGAGUGGUGUCGUUUUCAUUGUCUGGUGGAAAUGGAUACUUGCACUAGAUAAUGGUUUACUUGAGUUAUGAAUUCAACACAAAUCAAUUGUAGCAUUUGAAUUUUUCUGGUUUGUUUCUAAAAGCAGUCUGACUUUACUUGUUCUACUGUA